CCCACUCUUCCCCUUACGCCCCUCCACUUCCGGACUCGGAGCCGAGGCCUAGCUAGUGCCCCUACUUGAUUGGCCAGCGCGCUUCCUUAUGUGACGCCUCUGCUUUUGGGUUGGCUGCUAGUUCAAUUUCCCCCUCCCCUGGGAGGAGCGAGGACCAGGGCUGGGAGAGAGGCUUGUCGGUUUCCUCGGCAACGGGCGAGGGCACAUGUUGAGAGCUAGCUCUGUUCUCAGAGCAAGGUUCUUUUACAGAGAGUAGGAGAGUUUAGGAGUGGGAAAGGGGCAGAGUUUGGUUUGGAAUUACUCCGAAAGCCCCUUUCCCACGUUUAAAAAAGAUGAUUGAAAGUGAAAAUCUGAACCAUGAAGAAAUCAUUAAAGAACUGUGCACAUGCAACGGUUUGUGUUUCGAGUUGAUUGAUCAAGAAGGACCAGAAACUUUCAAACUGGAGAUGUUUUUUUCAGGGUAUCCAUGUAUUGUAGGGUUAGCAUCUUUUCCUAAUUUAACAAGUCUCACAGUAGUUGCUCAAAAUAUUUCAAAAAUCUCAGGACUGGAGUCAUGUACGUUACUUAAAGAACUUUGGCUCGCUGAAUGCCAUAUAACGAAAAUUGAAGGCUUAGAAGAAUGUAAAAAUUUGGAAAAACUGUUCUUAUAUUAUAAUAAGAUUACCGAAAUAGAAAAUUUGGAGUCACUAACAAAGCUGGAGGUCAUUUGGUUGAACUACAAUGGAAUCAGAGCUAUUGAGGGUUUGCAAAAUUUGAAGAAUUUGAAAGACCUCAAUCUUGCUGGAAAUUUUAUAAGUAGCAUUGGACAAUGCUUGGACUAUAAUGAAAAAAUAGAGAGGCUAAACCUGUCUGGUAACCAAAUAUGUUCAUUAAAGGAACUCACUCACUUAACCAAGUUAUCCCGUUUAAAGGAUUUGAGUCUGAAUGACCCUCAAUAUAAGCCUAAUCCAGUUUGUAUGCUUUGUCAUUAUUCCACACACGUGCUAUAUCAUUUGCCUCGUCUUCAAAGACUUGAUACACUUGAUGUGUCACCAAAGCAGAUCAAAGAACUGGCUGAGACUACAGCAAUGAAAAAAAUAAUGUAUUAUACUAUGCGUAUAAAAAGUGUUCAUAGGAACCUUAAUGAGGAACUUGAGAAGCUGAAUGAAAGAAAAUGCAAAUUGCAGAAAUUGCCAGAAGAACGUAUAAAAUUACUCAGCUUUAUUAUAAAAAAUCUGGAACGAGAAUUAGAGGAACUACAACUAAAUGGGAAAAUGCACAAUGAAAAAUCUCAUCAUAGUAAAAAGUCUCACUAUGACAAAUCCAAGAAUGAAAUUCCCAUUGAAGAACCAAAUUUUGAAAAAUACUUUGAAAAGCGAAAUGCCCUCCAUGAAAGGAUAGCAUUCUGGAACAAAAAAUUAGAUGAAAUUGAAAUACUUUAUCAGAAUGAAGUCAAACGAAAGAAGAAAAAAUAUGGUUUACUGGUGCCAUUUUUGUUCAUUGAAUUGGAAACAGUAGGGAAUAUCCAGUUUGAAGAAGGCACACCAUCACAUGUCUGGUUCAAUUGCUGCUAUGAGUUAAUUUUGUCACGGUUUUGUACCUGGGAUUUCAGAGCAUAUGGUAUUACAGGAGUAAAAAUAAAUCGCAUUUUUAAAAUGAACAAUCGUAUUCUGAGACUGAAAUUUGAAGAGAAAUUGCAAAAGUUUUUGGACAGCGAAGAUACAAAUGAUUCAGAGAUCUACCGAAAAAUGAUGGAAUACCUUUUUUAUAUUUUUGAUCCAGAAGUUCCCCUAAAGAAAAGACACCUGCUGCAAAUACUUGAGAAAGGAUUCAAAGAAACUGAAACAAACAGGUCUCACAAAAAAGAAGCCAUAAGCCUUGCUAACAGUCUCAGUCUAUGUGAGUGUCCCAGAAUUGAAUUUAUACAGAAACAAAUCAAAGAAGAAAAGAAAAAUUCAGUUGAUCCAGAAAUGUACAGGCACGGCAUACUCUUAAUGACAAAAGUUUUUCUUGGACAUAGCAUUCAAGCUCGUGAACAAGAUCCCAUCUGUAAAGUCAACUAUCCAAUGUAUAAUUCAGUAUACAUGCCUCGGAAAUGUUUACUAAGCUCCUUUAUAUCACACAAAAAUUGUAAUUGCAACCUUCGGCAGAACAAGUGGUUUGUGUUUGAUCAUGAUUUUGUCUUGCCAGAGUAUAUCAUUGAAUUUGAGUAUAUAACAUUGGUCAAGACUCAUUCUUUAUUUUCUACACUCAACAAUAUUAUGGCAGAAGGAGCAAAAAAAAAUGUGGAUGGAUCAAUAUUGUCUCAUGACUUGAAAAUUGAUGAAGAAGUUAUAGAUAUGGAGCCCAGAUUAAAGUCUAGAACAAAACUUAAUAAUUUGGAUGAAAAAGCAAUAUUUUCAUUUGCCAAGACUAAUAUUUGCAGCCAAAUACUCAGUCUGAAUCUACAUGGAAACAGCUUGAAUAAAUUGAGGGAUCUUUCCAAGUUAACAGGAAUUCAAAAACUCAUCAUCAGCUUUAAUGAAUUUACAUGCUUAGAUGAUGUAUACUAUUUGUAUAAUCUUGAGUAUUUGGAUGCAAGCCAUAAUCAUGUGAUAACUCUUGAAGGAUUUAGAGGUCUAGUGAAAUUGAAGUACUUAGACUUAAGCUGGAAUCAGCUGAAAAAAACUGGAGAUGAAAUUAAUAUUUUGUGCAAACAUACUUCAAAUCUUCUUAAUCUUGAUAUUCGACAUAAUCCAUGGCAGAAGCCAGCCACAUUGAGACCAAGUGUUAUCGGCAGAUUAAAGACUCUUACCCAUUUAAAUGGACUCAUGAUUACUGAAGAAGAAAAAAUUGCAGCUACAAAUUUUAUUGCUGGAACAAAGAUUACUCAGGUAGCCCUCUUACACCAUUCCAGAACUAAUGAAGCUCGGCCACGAAUACUUAGCAUUUGGCCUUCUGCCAAAAUUCUAACACAGAUGACUAAGGCAGAACCAUUUUCACAUUUUGGUGGAAAUUGGUAUUCUAAGAUAACUGCCUUAAACUUGGAUGGACAAAAUCUCUUUGAAAUCACUAAUUUGGAAAAAUUAGUGAAUUUGCGAUGGGCAUCAUUUAGCAAUAAUAAUCUCACAAAAAUUGAAGGUUUGGACUCUUGUGUUAAUUUGGAAGAGCUCACUUUAGAUGGAAACUGCAUCUCAAAGCUAGAAGGCAUUUCAAAACUGAUCAGACUAACCCAUUUGAGCAUAAAUAAUAAUCUCCUUACUGGGUUGGAAAAGCACAUCUUUGAAAACAUGCUUCAUCUUCAUUACCUUUCUCUUGAAAAUAAUAAGAUCACUUCAUUAGUUGGUUUACAAAAAGCUUACACCAUAAUUGAAUUAUACAUAAACAAUAAUUUUAUUGCUACCAACCAGGAGAUCUACAAUUUAAAGGGUUUAUACAAUCUGGUCAUUUUAGAUUUGUGUGGAAAUCUUAUAGUAUGGAAUCAAGAAAACUACCGGUUGUUUGUGCUCUUCCACCUCCCAGAUCUCAAAGCAUUGGAUGGAAUCUCAGUAGAAUCUUCAGAGAUAGAGAAUGCAAAAGAUUUAUUUGGUGGCAGACUUACUUCUGACAUGAUUGCAGAAAGGCAAGGACAUUCGAGCUUCACCCAAAUGCAGGAAUUAAACUGGGCCACAUCUAGUAUCAGAACUGUGGAUCUAGUUCCAAUUGAUCAAUUUAAAAAUGUAAGCAAUGUGAAUUUGCAGAACAACAAUUUAACUUCAUUCAGUGGCUUAAUCUAUCUGCCUAAUGUGAAGGUAUUAUGUCUCAACUAUAAUCACAUAGAAUCAAUAAUACCAAGAAUAAAGCCUCAGACUCACUUAAGCAACAGACAACUUCUACAUCAGAAGGUAACUUCAAGUGGCUAUGGACAACAAGCAAUACCAAAAGGAAGCAGGGAUUCAAGUGUUUCUGAGAAUUUACCUCCAAUAAUGCAGAGUUUAGAAGUUCUCCAUUUGGGCUACAAUGGAAUUUGCAAUUUAAUCCAGUUGCAGCUUAACAGAUUAAGAAACUUAAAAUUCCUCUUUCUCCAGGGCAAUGAAAUCAGUCAAGUUGAAGGACUUGACAAUUUGUCAUCCCUUCAAGAAUUGGUAUUGGACCAUAACCGUAUCAGAACAAUUACUGACAGUGCUUUUGUUAAGCCUAGUUCUCUUGUGGCACUUCAUUUGGAAGAAAACAGACUACGAGAACUGACUCAUUUAAAACCUUUGAUAAAACUAGAAAAACUAUUCCUAGGAUAUAACAAAAUUCAGGAUAUGGCAGAAUUGGAAAAGCUUGAGAUUGUUCCUUCCAUCAAAGAGCUUACAGUGUAUGGCAAUCCAAUUUCUCAUAAAAUUGCACAUCGCCAUAUGUUGAUAUAUCGAUUACCUAACCUACAGAUGUUGGAUGGAAUAACCAUAAAUUAUGAUGACAGAGCAAGAGCUGAAUUUCACUUCGCAGAACCCCAAUCAAAGAAAAAUUCAUUUGUUCCUGUUGCCAGUUCUCCAGUGGACUGUGGACAAUAUGGCCAAGCGAAAGCUCCUCCCAUAAAGAUAACAAAUGUAAUUCUGCAUGAAGGAAUUAACCAUUACUUCGGAUCUGACUUCACAUUUACUCCUGUAAAUGAAGUUAUUUUACCCAGUGAAUGUAAUAAGGAAAAAAAAGCGAAGAAUGCAGGAACUAUGACAAAUAAUCCUCGUAGCAUCCAUGCAGAAAUAAUUUUUCAGCAGCUCAGAGGAGUAAAUAUUUCUCCAACUUUUAUGUCACAACAAAACGUCAUUUCUCGUUCCGUACAGAUGUACCAAGGCAACCGAGAUGAUGAAAGGAUGCCUGGCAACAACUUUUCCAGACAAAAUCAAAUGUAAUUUGCAGAAGAAAAAUGAAUGUGAAAGAAGAAAUUUAUUUAUGUUCAGUGACAGUGUAAAUAAAAGGUAGCAGAUAGUGGUGGGUGAUGGAAAAUGUGAAUAAGUUAAUCAUGGCACUGGUGUUGAUGGACAAACUUCAGUAUUAACAUAUGGAUGGAUAGCUUCAUCUUCUCCAGCUCCAUAUAACAUAAUCUAAAUCUCACCCUUAGUGAGAUUUUAUUUUCUAAGAUCUCAUACUUUCAAUACAGUUGUCAGGAAUUGUUCUUUGUAUAUUUGAACUUUAAAGAAAAGCAUAAAUUGUUUUACAUCUCACAUCAUUUUUAAAAGGAAGACUUGAAAAGAAAUCAGAGAGUCAAGUAGCUCCAUGCUACUUAAGGCAUAGAAAUAAUAUUCUGGCCAGAUACAUCUUAAUGAAAGAUAAGUAUAGGAAAUAACUGAUUUUGAAUAGUAGUGUAUGUAUACACAUACGUACAGACGUGUGUAGAUUGUAGGUUAUGUAUGUGUACAUAUAUGUGCACAUAUGUAUGUAUACAGACACACACUCAUUUGAGGCUUUAUAAAGUCUUGAACAGUCCUUGUCAAACAUAGCUACCACUUAGAGCAAGGUGAUCUUACAGUUGUUUUCAGAUGCAGAAUUGUGUACAUCAAUAAGAACCUAAUUUUUGCUAAUGAUUCAGUCAUUGGUUAUGCUCUUAAAAAUAAAAAGAGUUUGAUGGUGGUCCCAUAUGGUCAAUUAGCACACAAUAAAUAAUUUCAAGUUACAAAAGGACAUGCUUAAUCUGAGUGUUCACCUUUUUAAAAUGUUAUUUUUAAUGAUUAUAUUCUGCUUGCAGUUGUGUUUAAAUUAUAUUAUGUAGCAUACUAUUAGUAUAGUAAAUUAAAGUUAUCAUCUACAUUUUUUAACCUCUGAAAAAAUUUUAAUGCAAUUCUUAAAAUGGGUUACAUUUUCUACUUUUUAUUUUAAAAUACAAAAGCUUAAUAAGUCUAUAACCCAUGUAAAAUUCUGUUGGUUUAGCACUAGAUGUGCUUUUUUAUAAUCUGUAUUUACACAGGAAAAACUGUUUUUGCUAAAUAUUUGUCACUCAUUAUUUUGCUGUUUUUGAAAUAAAUGGUAAUGAAGUUAUUCUAAAAGUUACAAAAUUCAAAUUAUAUAUGAACAAUAUAAUUUCCUUCCAAGCACUGAAUAUUAGUAAUAUAAUUCAUCUAAUUCUCAAAGCAUCAAGAAUAAUGAAGAGGUCAUUUAUUCAAUGUUUAAUGUGCAUUUAUUCUGUAUGCUUUAAAAUCUCAAGGUUAUUUACAUGGGAAUAAUUUAUGUUGUUUUGUUUUUUUGUAAAAACAAAACCAAAACCUAUGCAAUUCUAAUAACAUCCAGAAGAUGUCGAUGUUGCUCUUUGAAUUGUCCAAAUACAAAGCCAAGCCUUGUACUCAAGGCUGACUUUAAAAUUGAAACAACAGAAAUUUGCACUCUUAUUGCUAGAUGAUCAUGUUCUCUUUUUACACACAUGGGUGGCAAAUAAUUUGAAUUACUAUUCUCCAUUGAAUUAAACUCUUAUUAUUUUAGGCUUUGUUGAAUAUUUUAAUUGUAUAUUUAUAGUUACUAUGGAAAAGAAUGAGAUAUUUUAAAAUACAUAAUAGCUUUGUUGUAGCAUAUUGAUAGGAGCACUGGAUUUAAAUGUUGAAUAUCUGAGUUCAGAUACCAGCUUUGCCAUGUUCUAGGCUUUGGGAAAAAUCAUUCUUGGCCUCAACUUCCAUAUCCGUGAGAUAAAAUGGGGUCACUAAAUGAAGUCUAAAUUAUUUAAAGAAAAGGUCUAACAGUUGCUGUUUUCUACAUUGUCGGGUAUAAAAUAAGACUGUUUUGUAUUAAAUUUAAAAUAAUGCCACAGGUGAAUCAGUGAAUUAUUAGUUCAAAGGAGUUAUAAUUAGGAAUUUGAAAAUGUAUAUGUUUUUAAAUUUUGUGUGAAUUUCCAACAUCUACCUAAUUUGUAGCUUUUUAAAUGUAGAACUAGCAGCAAAAGGACUUGGAAAGUGCAAGAAUGAAACAGAAUUUUUUGAUAUAGUUAUAUCCAAAGGACUGGAGAAGAUUUGAGAUUAUAAGAAUUAUUAAUACAGUCUAAUUGGGAGCACAGUAAUUCCAGACCCCCAAAGGAAUGGAAUAGAAUAUGAAAUGUGAAGGUUGAAGAUGAUUUUUUAUUGUAAAGGACGUUGGAGAAAAUGACCUUUUAAAUGAUCUGUUUCCUACCUACAAAUAUUUACUUUAAACAUGGUUGUAAUUAUAAAAAUAUUUUGUAAAAACUAAAGUGCCUUAUAAUAAAUGUAUAUCAUUACCAUCAUUAUUAUUAUGUUAAAGUAAUCUUGUAAGAAAGAUAGGUUUUUGCUAAUAUCUUUAUGUUUCUCAAGUAUGGUUACAGAUAAAAAAUAACAGAUUUACGUUUAAAGAAAUUGUUUUCAAUUAGAAGACUUAGGUGUGUGAAUGUGCCCAAGCAUAUUUGUAUAAACUUAUUCACAUAAAACUUGAUUUAGAAGAUUUAUUCAUUUCCCUCUUUUUUUUAAACAAAGAUAGAGGAUUGUGAGAGUAGACAAUGUCAGACUUAUUUGAUGUUAGCUAGUUUUGCCAAACUGUUAUUUUUCCUUUUUUUUUUAUUCUUUGUUAUAACAAAGGAAUGACUUCCUGUGGGGGAGGAGCCCCUUGCUAAGUAUAGGUGAUAGAAAAAUGAAAACUAUCAAUAAAAUUUUAUUUAAAAAAUAAAGUAAGUGGAUAGCCUGAAAUCCUUGAAAAAAAAUGUUAAUUAAGAUCUCAUCAGGAGUGAGAAAAAAGACUGAAUUUUAGGCCUAGAAAUUAACAGAAUGAGCCUUGGGUUUUGAGGUUUUAGGCCCUGACGAUAAUCAGAAUAGAGUAUUAAAUGUGUUUAGCGCCAGAUGUUAAAUAAACAAAAGAAAAAGAACUGUUUAUAUGGGAGAAGGGGAUCUUUAAUAUGUGCUAAUUAAUAUAUCUUAGUCAAAAAGAUAUUUCAUUUGUUUAUUUUCAUUUAUCGUGAUUUCUUGAUA